AAAGCUGCGCUGGCACAGCUUCCAGAACUCACACCGGCCCAGCCUGAACUCGGCCUCCCUGGAGAUCACCCGCCAGUCCUCCGCCCAGCUCAACCUGCUCCAGAAGUGCUCCCUGCUCCGUCUCACGGCCAUCAUGGAGAAGUACUCCGUGCCCCACAAGCAAGCCUGGACGUGGACCGUGCCCAAGUUCAUGAAGCGAAGUAAAGUCCCCGACUACAGGGACAAGAUGGUUUUUGGGGUGCCGCCUGUGGUCAACGUGCAGCGGACGGGGCAGCCGCUGCACCAGAGCAUCAAGCAAGCGAUGCGCUCCCUCCGCACCGCUCUGGCCCGGCAGGUUGGCAUUUUCCGAAAGUCAGGGGUGAAGUCCCGGAUUCAGGCGCUCCGGCACAUGAACGAAACCAGCCCUGACAACGUCAACUACGAUGGACAGUCGGCGUACGAUGUGGCUGACCUGCUGAAGCAAUAUUUCCGCGACCUGCCGGAGCCCAUCUUCACCAGCAAGCUGACAGACACCUUCCUGCAGAUCUACCAGUUCGUGUCGAAGGAGCAGCGGCUGCAGGCGGUGCAGGCGGCCGUUAUCCUCAUGCCAGACGAGAACCGGGAGGUGCUGCAGACCCUGCUCUACUUCCUGAGCGACAUCGCCUCUGCUGAGGAGAACCAGAUGACCGCUGGGAACCUGGCCGUGUGCCUGGCCCCCUCCAUCUUCCACCUCAACGUGUCCAAGAAGGAAAGCACCUCACCGAGGGCAAUGCACAAGAGGGGCACCAUGGGGAAGCCUGACCAGAAGGACCUCAGUGAGAACAUGGCUGCGACGCAGGGGCUCUCCCACAUGAUCACCGACUGCAAGAAACUAUUCCAGGUAUCCCAUGACAUCUUGCUGCAGCUGAGCAGCUCCUACAUGACAGCAGAUGCUUACCCCCAUCCCCUGACUGACUUUGUGUGUCAGGGGGAAAGCAAGGAUUUACACCUCUACUUCGAGCAGAGUGUCCAGAACCUGCUCAAAGAGUCGUCCGAGAAAUUCAAGGGGUGGCUGAGUACACCAGGGCCCCUGAACACAGAGCUCUCCUGCAAAAAG